AAUCGAAAAUGCAAAUAAAAAUUAUUAUAACUGCAAAAAGAUAAAGCCAAAAUCCAAAGUAUAUAUUAUGCUGACACCAUUUACUCACAGCUCACACCAAAAAAUUAAAAAAGAAAAAAGAAAAACAAAGAGAGCGAAGGGUACGUUCUCCUUCUCUCUCUCUCUCUCGAGCUCUGCACGACUGCCGAUGAUAACCACCAACAACCACCUCCGGCUCCGGUGGUAACGCAUCCUUCCGCUUCGCCCGCUAAUUAUGGCCGCCCAGAGCGACGUCGUUUCGAAAACCUUCCGAGCUCUGGUGGAGAGCGCGGACCGGAAGUUCGCUCGUGUUCGUGACCUUCCGUCGUACGGACGUGCUCAGAACCACUACUUCCAGAAGGUUUUCAAGGCCUACCUGCGUCUAUGGAAGUACCAGCAAGAGAACAGGUCGAAGCUGGUCGAGGCCGGUCUCAACCGCUGGGAAAUAGGCGAGAUCGCUAGCCGGAUCGGCCAGCUCUACUUUAACCAGUAUAUGAGGACGAGUGAUUUGAGAUUCUUGAUCGAAGCCUAUGUGUUCUAUGAAGCGAUUUUGCAUCGAAAGUACUUUGAAGGAGCUAAAGCUAAGGAUGUCGGUGUGAGAUUUAAGGAGUUGAGGUUUUACGCGCGGUUUUUGCUCGUUUCCUUGAUUUUGAACCGGACCGAGAUGGUUCAAUUGCUCGUAGAAAGGUUUAGAACUCUCGUUGAUGAUAGCACGUCAAAUUUCCGGGAAACAAACUUCAAAGAGUGGAAGCUAGUGGUGCAAGAAAUUGUCCGCUUCUUGGAAGUUGAUACUGCCUUUGCAAAUACCAGGCCUUUGCGUUAUUGUGUCCAGUUUGAUUCACGUCCAACUUCUCAUCCAUACGUGGCCCGUUUCCAUGCAAGGAAGGUCCUAAAGUUUAAAGAUGCAGUCCUGACAAGCUAUCACCGGAAUGAGGUUAAAUUUGCAGAAAUUACUUUGGACACUUAUAGAAUGCUGCAAUGUUUGGAAUGGGAGCCAAGUGGGUCUUUCUACCAAAAGCAUCCAGUCGAAUCAGUCAACCAAACACGUGCAGUUGAAUCAUAUGAGAAUGGCACUAUAACUGAUAAUUCUGGAGCUUCUGGACUAAUAGAUAUAAACUUGGCUGCAGAUUUGACUGAUCCAACUUUGCCGCCAAAUCCUAGGAAAGUUGUUCUUUAUCGUCCUUAUACGACACAUUUUCUAGCGGUUAUAGCAACAAUUUGUGAGGAGCUCCCUCCAGAAAGCAUUAUGCUAAUAUAUAUAUCAGCCUCAGGGAAGGGUGCUCAAAGUAAUGUUUCUCAGAUGGAAAGCUCUGGAGGGUCCAGGAAGUCUUCAAAAAACAAAGUUGUUUCUGGAAGAUUCAGUGAACAGAAUAGUUCUGCAUCUGAAUCUCAUAGUAAUGGCAAGCGAGAGUCAAGUGACUAUUAUGACAAUUGCCUAUGGUUGGGUCCCAGAGGAACUGCUGGUUCAAAUGCCCUUUACCCUGGUGAUAUAAUUCCAUUUACUAGAAGACCGCUCUUUUUGAUUAUUGAUAGCGACAACAGCCAUGCAUUCAAGGUCUUGCAUGGUGCAGAAAGGGGAGAGCCAUCUGCAUUGCUAUUUUCGCCUUUGAAGCCAGCAUUCAAGAACCUAGCUGGUGUUGAUGCAACACAUAAUGGAAGUCAGUUUACCUUUUUCUUAACUGCUCCUCUACAGGCUUUUUACCAGAUGGUUGGCCUCUCAUUUAUUGAUACUGAUACAGAUGUUUACAAUGAUGCUGAGGAGAUACUCUCCAGUGCAUUCUCUGAGUGGGAGGUGAUUUUAUGUACAUCAAAUAGCCUGGAUCUGGUUUGGGCUCAAGUUUUAUCUGAUCCAUUUCUGCGGUGUCUUAUUAUCAGAUUUAUAUUCUGCCGUUCUGUCCUAUCAUACUUCUGUCCUCAAAGAGAUAAUGAGCAAUAUCUGCCUGUUUGCCUGCCCCAUCUUCCCAGUUCUGUGUCUCCGAGCUCUGAAGUUGUGCGUUCGGCAGUUCUCCGACUUUCAAAUCAUCUGAAGGUUGCUGAUUAUUUUCACUUUGAUGAUGUGUAAUUAGGAUCACAAGCUGUUGAAAAAAAUUGGAGGCUUUAGGCAUUCAAGUUCCAUUCAUUUGAUGAGAUUAACGUCUCGAAUUCAACGAGUUGGCUUUUAAGGGCACUUAAGAGAGGAAUGUAACUGGUGGUGGAGCUUAAGCUGGAAAAACAGAGAAUGUAUCGAGCAUGGUUGCUUCUGCUUGUUUCAUCGCCUGUGCAACCUUGCUGAUUUUUCGGACUGAAUGCUAAAAUCAUAUACAGGUUUGCUGUUAUCGUUAGCUGUAUGUUUGAUGAUUUGCAGGUGUGUAAGUAUGGUUCAAUUCUUUAGGAGCUGAUUGGUGUAUAAUCUAAUUGUUAGAGCUGUUUUCAGGUAGUGCUAGUCUUUUUUGUAUUCUUGUAAAAGAAAUCAGGUAGUCAAAUGGUUUUUCCCUUUACAUUUACAGUUGUUUCAUAUUAUUCUUAGAGAACCUGCUUAAGAGGCAGAUGUAAAUCGAGUACUGUAUUUGGAGAAUGUCUUCAAAAUGGUUCUAAGUUUGUCGUCUGUUUAAUUCUCCAGUAUUUGUUCUUCA